AAACAUUGCACACCUUCACCAACAAUACUGAGUGCAAAUCUAGGCUAAUUUGAAAAAUAUGAGUAAACUCGAUCGUUGCAUAGCUCCCCUGAUGCAGGGAAAAACAAUGGACAAAAUUACACCUUGUGUUCAAGUAACUGAAGCUCGUUCAUCCGGUCAAAAGUUAAUUGUUACUAUUAGUGAUGGAAUUAAUUCUUGUCCUGCUGUUAUUAUUAAACCUUCUCAACCUGUUGAUCAAUAUGCAGUCAUUAAAAUUUAUGAAAGCUUGAAACACACAAAGGAAAUUGUUAUCAUUGUCAAGUAUACUGUGGAAGAACGUUUAGAUGCAGUGAUCGGCAAUCCAAAACCAUAUGCAACUGCUGGCGCAAGUGACACUUCAUCAUCUGACAAGGUAAAGACAACAUCAACAAGCAAAAGUAGUAGUUCUAGUGCUUCUACUUCUGUUCAACCAAAGGCUAAAAAGAGUUCUGGUACAACAGCUGCAGAUAAUUUCUAUGAUGAUGGUGGAAUGAGUAGUAUUUUAGAUGAUGAUAAACUUUCUAAUGAUCAAGCUAAACCAAUUUCAAAUCUCAAUCCAUAUGACAAAGUCUGGGUAAUUAAGGCUAGAGUAACACAAAAGAGUGACAUGAAACAUUGGGACAAAGGAACAAGUAAGGGUUCUCUUUUCUCUAUUGAAUUAUUAGACGAAUAUGGUGGCCAGAUUCGUGCUACUUUCUUCAAUGAUGUUGCCAAGAAAUAUUAUGAUGCUAUCAAAGAACGUUCAGUUUACUUCUUCUCUGGUGGUAAAUUGAAGGAUGCAAAUAGAAAGUUUACCACAAUUCCACACCCUUAUGAAAUUACUUUUGACCGUGAUACUGUUAUUCAAAACGCUAGAGAUUCUGAAAUUCCAACUGACACUUUCAAUUGUACUAGAUUAUGUGACAUGACAAAUGUUGAAGAUAACAUGAUUUUGGAUGUUGCUGGUGUUGUUCAAAAUAUUGGAGAAACUAAAGAAUUUACUACAAAGAAUAAUAGAAAGACCAAACGUUGCAAUAUCUCCUUAAUUGAUGACUCAUCUUCUCCAUUUUGUACUGUUGAUUUAACAAUCUGGGGUGAUAUGUGUGAUACUCAUGAUAUGCAACAAGGAGAUGUUGUUAUUUUGAAAAGUGUAAGAAAGUCAAACUAUGGUGGUGUUUCUCUUAACACUAUUAAUAGUACAAGAAUCUUCAAAGAUCCUGGAAUUCCAAUUUAUCAACAAUUAUCUGAAUGGUAUCAAAAUAAUGAAGGAUCGUUUGAUGGUGAAGGUAUCAAGUUGACUCAAAAGCAAGCUGCUGUAAAUUCUGAAAGAACUUUCAAGAGAAAGAAUGUUAUUGCUGACUGUAAAAAUAUGAGUGUUGACACUGUUACUGCACCUGAUUAUCUUACUAUUAGAGCUUAUGUUUCAUAUAUUAAACAUGAGUUGUGGUAUGACGCUUGUACAAAUAAGGAAUGUAACAAGAAAGUUCAACAAAAUGAGGGUAUUUACCAUUGCUCAUCAUGUAAUCAUUCCUCUGAUACAUGUACCAGAAAGUUUUUGGCUAAUUUGGGUAUUACUGAUUGGACUGGUAAACAGUAUUGCAAUGCAUUCAAUCAAGCUGUAGAGAAACUUUUCAGUGACAUGACUGCUGAUGAUAUGUGUGCAAGAGCAGCUGAACCUGAAUACAUGCCAUACCUUUUAGGUGAAAAAACAUUCACCAGAUAUGUAUUUACUGUUCGUGUUACCACUGAAACAACAAAGGAACCUAAACUCAAAUUCACUAUUAUCAGAGUUACUCCAAUUGACUAUGCCAGAGAAGCUAAAAGCAUUUUGAGCUUGAUUAGAGAUUACGAUAUUUAAAUUCUUGGUUUUGUUGGCUUGUACCCUUCAAUUCUACAAGAAUUUUUUGUACAUACACUUCUCUUUUCAUUAAUAAAUUAUUCACUUCAUUU